AUGGCGACAGCGGAUGCGUGGUGGCAUUUGAGUGGCGAGGAACGAGCGCUAGUGGAGGAUCGUCGUCGCCUUCGUCGUCCUUUGCAAAGCAUGAUGUCGUCGGCAGACGACGAGGAGCCGCCGCCGCCACCAGAUCACGACCGUGUUGACCUAUGGCAGCAAACGUUACAGGCAGCGGUGGCGGCUUCCACUGGCCAGGACAUUGCCAAGAAACGACCGCAACAACGGAAACCGCUGCGACAGUCGAAUGUUGUUGAACGAUCCGAGCGAUCGCUGUUGUGUCUUUCGUUAAAUAAUCCAAUCAGGAAAAUAUGUAUUGCUGUAGUGGAAUGGAGCAAUGGCAAUGGCAAAGUGCCAACUCCUUCACGACGUGAUCGGUUGGUGAGUACGAUCCUGUCUCGGAUGAACAUUCAAGGCUUCGACGUGAAAGCUUUGCGAGCGUUUCGAGUACUGCGACCACUUCGAUUAGUGUCCGGAGUACCGAAAAUUAUGGUAUCUGUGGAAAAAAGAGAUGAGCCUAAUGAAUGUUUUACAAUGCGCAUGCAAACUCCAUUGAGAACAAUCAGUGUCUUCAUGCCCCUGGAACUUGGCGUCCCCGUCCACAAAAUCACCCGUGAUUGUCGGGAAAUGGAAGGAAUAAAAGGAGCUAUCGCAACACGGGGACAUCUCUAG